GGCGCUUAGCAAUCGAGUCAUUAAGUCCCAGCUUAAUCACUCUGCUUCGAGCUUGUGGUCAAGCAACUGUUGCUGCACAUCACAGCAAUGGCACGCAAGGCCUCGGUCGCGCUGUUCCUGGCCAUCAACCUGGUCGUGUUCGCCGUGGCCAGUGCCACAAGCGCCAACUGCCCCCCGCCGCCAUCGACGCCGACCCCGACGCCAGCCUCGAAAGGCAAGUGCCCCCGCGACGCGCUGAAGCUGGGCGUGUGCGCCAACGUGCUGGGCCUCAUCAAGGCUAAGGUCGGCGUGCCGCCGGCGGAGCCCUGCUGCCCGCUGUUGGAGGGGCUCGUCGACCUCGAAGCCGCCGUGUGCCUCUGCACCGCCAUCAAGGGCAACAUCCUUGGCAUCAACCUAAACCUGCCCAUCGACCUCAGCCUCAUCCUCAACUACUGCGGCAAGACCGUGCCCACCGGCUUCAAGUGCCUCUAAGUUAACUGAUCGAUGCAUGAGCCGACCAUGCAUGCCAGCAUUCUUUUACUUAAUUAUCUGAUCGUUCUUAUCGGUUGCUAUGUACGCAUGUAAACGGUUUGGCUAGUUUUCGCUUUUCGAUGAUUCCUGUGCAAGUCCUUGCAUGGACUAGUCCCUAAACUACUUGGAUUACUCUUUUGUAUUCGGCAAUCUGCUUGCUAUAUGAAUAAAUUUUGUUUCUUUAGUUUAUUA